AUGAACGAGCUGCAGCGGCGCCUGGGCCCGCGGGGGCUGGUGGUGCUGGGCUUCCCGUGCAACCAGUUCGGGCACCAGGAGAACGCCAAGAACGAGGAGAUCCUCAACUGCCUCAAGUACGUGCGGCCCGGCGGCGGGUUCGAGCCCAGCUUCCCGCUGUUCGAGAAGUGCGAGGUGAACGGCGCGCAGGCGCACCCGCUCUUCGCCUUCCUGCGCGAGGCGCUGCCCGCGCCCAGCGACGACCCCGCCCCGCUCAUGACCGACCCCAAGUUCGUCGUCUGGUCGCCCGUGUCCCGCAACGACGUGUCCUGGAACUUCGAGAAGUUCCUGGUGGACGCGGACGGCGUGCCCGUGCGCCGCUACAGCCGCCGCUUCCCCACCAUCGACAUCGAGCCCGACAUCGAGGCGCUGCUGGCCCAGGCGCCCGCCCCCGCCUCCGCCUAG